AAGACGAACAGUUGGCUACGAGGCACGUUGGCGGGCGGAACUCAACGCGAUCGCAGCUGAUCGCCGGUCAUCGAAAAGAGCGAGACGGCAGACGCGAGUCCGAGCGAGACGGCGAGCUUGGGAGAUUGGGGGAACCCCAAGGUGUGAGCGAGAGAGAGGGAGAGAGAGAGAGAAAGAGAGACAGCAUUGGCAUAUACACAAGCAUAUAGAAUUGACUGUGGAAAAUAUCGCUCUGUUUUCGCCACUCUGUUUUUGUUUGCCAGCCCAUAAAACUCAGUUUCGGUGUUCUGUGUUCUUGGAACUUGUUUUUUUUUCCUCAUUUGUUUUUCCUGUGACGGCCCUAAAAAGUGGCACAGUGUGUCCCACUCAAGUGUCGCCAGUGGCCGCGGGGUGAGGGGGAGAGUUAAGGAAAAUUGGGAAAGCGUUCGGGAACGCCUUUUGGGAGCGGAUCAACUAUUAAUAGCAGAACAUAAAAGAGAGAGAAUACUGACAAGAAGAAGCCAAAAAUAAUUGAAGCGUGGGCAGCAUUCAAAGCACAGUCAAGCCGGGCUACAGUGAACAGCCAAAUACAGCAAAAUACAGCAAAAUAAGUUGUGAAUACAAAAUAAAAACAAAGAAAAAUAAAAAUAAAAACAGUUCCAUGGCAAACAAAGAAAAGCAAAACAAAAUGACAUUCGUAUAGAAAAGGAAGAAUAAUAAAGUGAAAGACAAAGCCCUUUUAGCGAGUGCCGCCUGUACAGACAUAGUUGAGAUAAACAAUAAAUUGGCCAAAGGCCAAAGCAGCAACCAAAAAAAACAAGAAGAAGCAGAAGAUCAGCCGUGAAUGAAGAAGAAGAAGCAGCAGCAGCAGAUAAAGGCAGAUCAAACAAGAGAACAACGGACAACGGACAAACAACAGGUGGAAGCAAACGAAGACCCAAAAAGAUCAAAAACCCAUAGCGCAACCCCUGAUCUUUAAAUCUACACUACAAAAAAAAAGGGGGGGACCCGCAGCUGAUGAGCCGCCAUGUCCCACGAAGCUGCAGAAGAUGAUGAGGCUCUGCAGGAGGAGGAGGAGGAGGCGGAUGAUCCGCUGGCCAAUUUGCUCAGUCUGAAGCUGAAGAAGCCACCGCACUGGAACUGGGAGCUGAGCACCUCCCGCAGCUGCAGCAACAUUGCUCUGCCCAGGAUCUUGUUAUACGAUCACACGGGCAAUCUUCUGGUGGAUGCCGAUGGCCAGAAGGAGGAGAUCUACACAUCCAGGGAUUCGCAGCGGCGUCGCAAGCGUUCGGCCACCGCCAAUUUGGAGCGCAAUUUCCAUGGCCUACGAAUAGCAGAGGCCACGCCCACCGUAACGCCCACGCCCACAGUGACGCCCAGCGAGGCCACGCCCAGUUCGAGUAGGGAAAGUGGGCGGCGGAAAACGCACGGCAGCUGCAUUGACUUCAGCACCCACGAACUGCCCAACUGGGAGCCAUCGGUGAGCUCCCGGCGCUCCAGUUCACUGCGCGGCGUUCGCUUCCAGGAGACGGAGGACCUGCCCGUUUAUCCCACGCCCCCCUCCACAUCCACCCUGAAUUCGUCGAGCUCGGGACCGCGAGAGAAGCGACGCUACCGCCGCUCGCAAAGCUCCAUUCUGGAGAGAUUCAGUCUGUCGAAGGGCCGCCACUCCUCGCCAGAGUUCGCCCAGGAGGAGGACGUGGUCAAGGCGCCGCGUUACUACCUGCGUACCAGCAAGGCGGGCACCCUGGUGAUUCGCGAGGAGAGCUUCAGUUCACAGAAGAUGCGACAGCGGCGUCGUCGUCCGCCGAAGCACUCCUCCAACGAGAAUAUCCUGCAGGAGCAGGAGAAGGAGCAGCCAGCCAUCAGUGUCGUGCAGGCCACGACGCGCAGGAGAGCGCAGGAAAGGACACUCUCCACCUCGGAGGAGGAGGCGACGCGGGAGGCGGCGCAGGAGCCACGAAGAUCCAGGGGCAGGCCCAGGAACACAAGGCAACGCAGCUGCGGCAAGGAUGCGGCUCAGGAGCUCAUCACCGUGGAUCCCGAUAAUUGCGUAUAUCGAGCAGCGCCGGGCGCCACCGCACGAUAGAAGAAUAGCUACAAGAGCCCCGCCCCCAAAAAAAAAGAGAAAGUAAGAGAGAAAGUCAACCAGGACGAUGAGAACUGCACAGGAUGCCAGGAAAUGCAGGCGGUACGAGAACAGACAAAACUAGAGUUCCUCCAUGUGAUGUAAGACGAUUAAACGUAUGAAAAUAAAACCAAUACCUAAAA